GGCCACACGCUCGUCUCGGGCGCGCGCGCGCAGCCGCUGCUGCGGAGGUACAUGGCGCCGUGCGACGCGGGGGGCGGGCUGGCCGGCUUCCUGACGGCGGUGGUUGUCUUUGUGCGCGACCGGCGCGGCAUCCUGCUCGACGUGUCGAUGGUGGUGACGCGCGAGGCGCUCAACAUCAUCGACGUGCACUCGGAGACGCUCACGCCGGGCGGCGAGGCGGCGUUCCAGUUCACGGUGCAGGUGGCGGACAGCGCGAUGCUGCAGCGGCUCGUCUCCAAGGUGGAGCGGGUGGAGGGCGCCGUCAAGGUGGUGCGAGGAGGGAUGGAGGAGCUGAUGCGCCGCGAGUCACCCGCCGGGUUCUGGGCCAACUGCGCGCUGCCGGUGGCGGAGGAGGGGCCGCCGCUCGCGGAGCCGUUGCCUGGCGGCGCGGAGCCGCCGCCGCCGAGCCCGUACCCCAUCGCCCCGCCAUCCCCUGACCAGCCUAUGUGAGGCGCCUCGCGUGCGCUUGUACCAUCUGUGCCUUCCAUCUCCCGUGUGACGCGGCGUGCGGGUCUCCGGCGCCGCGGUACCGUGAGGGGGCUCAGUCCCCCGUUAUAGGCAGGGGAGUCGUACACUUUUCUACUCUAGGGCCCUGCGACGCUCGUCAUCACAGCACUUCCCGACGAGAUGGGAGACGGUCACCGUCUCCGCCUCUCACUCAGCCUCACAUCAAUGUUCAAUCGAGUAAGCAGUACGUCAGGGUAACAAUAUCACACUCUAUACACCC